AUGCAUCUCAUCCUCCACAGGACCCGGACAGUCGAAACAGUUCGUUCUUCAACCGGUUUGUUGCAGUACCGUGCUGUUCCACAUCUGAACAGGGAGAGAGCUCGCCUUGGCACCUUGGUAUGUCGCAUGUCUUCAACCGGUUUGUUGCAGUACCGUGCUGCUCCACAUCUGAACAGGGAGAGAGUUCGUCUUGGCUCCUUGGUAUAUCACAUGUCUUCAAUCGGUUUGUUGCAGUACCAUGCUGCUCCACAUCUGAACAGGGAGAGAGCUCGCCUUGGCUCCUGGGUGUGUCACAUGUCUUCAACCGGUUUGUUGCAGUACCGUGCUGCUCCACAUCUGAACAAGGAGAGAGCUCGCCUUGGCUCCUUGGUGUGUCACAUGUCUUCAACCGGUUUGUUGCAGUACCAUGCUGCUCCACAUCUGAACAAGGAGAGAGCUCGCCUUGGCUCCUUGGUGUGUCACAUUUCUUCAACCGGUUUGUUGCAGUAUCGUGGUGCUCCACAUCUGAACAAGGAGAGAGCUCGCCUUGGCUCCUGGGUGUGUCACAUGUCUUCAACCGGUUUGUUACAGUACCAUGCUGCUCCACAUCUGAACAGGGAGAGAGCUCGCCUUGGCUCCUUGGUGUGUCACAUGUCUUCAACCGGUUUGUUGCAGUACCAUGCUGCUCCACAUCUGAACAGGGAGAGAGCUCGCCUUGGCUCCUUGGUGUGUCACAUGUCUUCAACCGGUUUGUUACAGUACCAUGCUGCUCCACAUCUGAACAGGGAGAGAGCUCGCCUUGGCUCCUUGGUGUGUCACAUGUCUUCAACCGGUUUGUUACAAUACCAUGCUGCUCCACAUCUGAACAGGGAGAGAGCUCGCCUUGGCUCCUUGGUGUGUCACAUGUCUUCAACCGGUUUGUUACAGUACCAUGCUGCUCCACAUCUGAACAGGGAGAGAGCUCGCCUUGGCUCCUGGGUGUGUCACAUGUCUUCAACCGGUUUGUUACAGUACCAUGCUGCUCCACAUCUGAACAAGGAGAGAGCUCGCCUUGGCUCCUUGGUGUGUCACAUGUCUUCAACCGGUUUGUUGCAAUACCAUGCUGCUCCACAUCUGAACAGGGAGAGAGCUCGCCUUGGCUCCUUGGUGUGUCACAUGUCUUCAACCGGUUUGUUGCAGUACCAUGCUGCUCCACAUCUGAACAGGGAGAGAGCUCGCCUUGGCUCCUGGGUGUGUCACAUGUCUUCAACCGGUUUGUUACAGUACCAUGCUGCUCCACAUCUGAACAGGGAGAGAGCUCGCCUUGGCUCCUUGGUGUGUCACAUGUCUUCAACCGGUUUGUUGCAGUACCGUGCUGUUCCACAUCUGAACAGGGAGAGAGCUCGCCUUGGCACCUUGGUAUGUCGCAUGUCUUCAACCGGUUUGUUGCAGUACCGUGCUGCUCCACAUCUGAACAGGGAGAGAGUUCGUCUUGGCUCCUUGGUAUAUCACAUGUCUUCAAUCGGUUUGUUGCAGUACCAUGCUGCUCCACAUCUGAACAGGGAGAGAGCUCGCCUUGGCUCCUGGGUGUGUCACAUGUCUUCAACCGGUUUGUUGCAGUACCGUGCUGCUCCACAUCUGAACAAGGAGAGAGCUCGCCUUGGCUCCUUGGUGUGUCACAUGUCUUCAACCGGUUUGUUGCAGUACCAUGCUGCUCCACAUCUGAACAAGGAGAGAGCUCGCCUUGGCUCCUUGGUGUGUCACAUGUCUUCAACCGGUUUGUUGCAGUAUCGUGGUGCUCCACAUCUGAACAAGGAGAGAGCUCGCUUUGGCUCCUUGGUGUGUCACAUGUCUUCAACCGGUUUGUUGCAGUAUCGUGGUGCUCCACAUCUGAACAAGGAGAGAGCUCGCCUUGGCUCCUUGGUAUGUCACAUGUCUUCAACCGGUUUGUUGCAGUACCAUGCUGCUCCACAUCUGAACAAGGAGAGAGCUCGCCUUGGCUCCUUGGUGUGUCACAUGUCUUCAACCGGUUUGUUGCAGUACCAUGCUGCUCCACAUCUGAACAAGGAGAGAGCUCGCCUUGGCUCCUUGGUGUGUCACAUGUCUUCAACCGGUUUGUUACAGUACCAUGCUGCUCCACAUCUGAACAAGGAGAGAGCUCGCCUUGGCUCCUUGGUGUGUCACAUGUCUUCAACCGGUUUGUUGCAGUACCAUGCUGCUCCACAUCUGAACAGGGAGAGAGCUCGCCUUGGCUCCUUGGUGUGUCACAUGUCUUCAACCGGUUUGUUGCAGUAUCGUGGUGCUCCACAUCUGAACAAGGAGAGAGCUCGCCUUGGCUCCUUGGUGUGUCACAUGUCUUCAUCCGGUUUGUUGCAGUACCAUGCUGCUCCACAUCUGAACAGGGAGAGAGCUCGCCUUGGCUCCUUGGUGUGUCACAUGUCUUCAACCGGUUUGUUGCAGUACCGUGCUGCUCCACAUCUGAACAAGGAGAGAGCUCGCUUUGGCUCCUUGGUGUGUCACAUGUCUUCAACCGGUUUGUUGCAGUACCAUGCUGCUCCACAUCUGAACAAGGAGAGAGCUCGCCUUGGCUCCUUUGUGUGUCACAUGUCUUCAACCGGUUUGUUACAGUACCAUGCUGCUCCACAUCUGAACAGGGAGAGAGCUCGCCUUGGCUCCUUGGUGUGUCACAUGUCUUCAACCGGUUUGUUGCAGUACCGUGCUGCUCCACAUCUGAACAAGGAGAGAGCUCGCUUUGGCUCCUUGGUGUGUCACAUGUCUUCAACCGGUUUGUUGCAGUACCAUGCUGCUCCACAUCUGAACAAGGAGAGAGCUCGCCUUGGCUCCUUUGUGUGUCACAUGUCUUCAACCGGUUUGUUACAGUACCAUGCUGCUCCACAUCUGAACAGGGAGAGAGCUCGCCUUGGCUCCUUGGUGUGUCACAUGUCUUCAACCGGUUUGUUGCAGUACCGUGCUGCUCCACAUCUGAACAAGGAGAGAGCUCGCUUUGGCUCCUUGGUGUGUCACAUGUCUUCAACCGGUUUGUUGCAGUACCGUGCUGCUCCACAUCUGAACAAGGAGAGAGCUCGCUUUGGCUCCUUGGUGUGUCACAUGUCUUCAACCGGUUUGUUGCAGUACCGUGCUGCUCCACAUCUGAACAAGGAGAGAGCUCGCUUUGGCUCCUUGCAAGAGAAGACCACUAGAGGGCUAUCACACCAGACGCACCAUAACAGCAAGAGAAGACCACUAGAGGGCUGUCACACCAGACGCAACUAUCACAGCAAGAGAAGACCACUAGAGGGCUGUCAUAUCAGACGCAGCCAUCACAGCAAGAGAAGACCACUAGAGGGCUAUCACACCAGACUCAACCAUCAAAGCAAGAGAAGACCACUAGAGGGCUAUCACACCAGACUCAACCAUCACAGCAAGAGAAGACCACUAGAGGGCUAUCACACCAGACGCAACUAUCACAGCAAGAGAAGACCACUAGAGGGCUAUCACACCAGACUCAACCAUCACAGCAAGAGAAGACCACUAGAGGGCUAUCACACCAGACUCAACCAUCACAGCAAGAGAAGACCACUAGAGGGCUAUCACACCAGACUCAACCAUCACAGCAAGAGAAGACCACUAGAGGGCUAUCACACCAGACGCAACUAUCACAGCAAGAGAAGACCACUAGAGGGCUAUCACACCAGACUCAACCAUCACAGCAAGAGAAGACCACUAGAGGGUUGUCACAUCAGACGCAGCCAUCACAGCAAGAGAAGACCACUAGAGGGCUAUCACACCAGACUCAACCAUCACAGCAAGAGAAGACCACUAGAGGGCUGUCACACCAGACGCCCCAUCACAGCAAGAGAAGACCACUAG